AUGUCUGAACGAAACCCCAAAGCUCCUAACGAAUACCACAUCCCGAACGUGCUCGGUUCGAGCAAGGAAGGGCCGAUCCGUUCGGCGCCAGCCUACACAAUCACCGGCCGACAGAAGCAAACUCUUCCUGAGUGCAUUGGGUUCCCCGGUCCCGGUCACUACGAUGCGAAAAUCGAUCCGCUGGUAAGACGGGCCCCGAUGUUCUCGAUGGCAACCCGGUUCCGCCGUCCGACGGAUGAAGCGCUCAAGCCCGGACCGGCCGCUCACUAUCCGGAAAAGAUUAACCUCGGUCACGUACCGGCCUACAGCUUUGGCAUCAAGCAUUCGGAAUAUUUGGGCGACUUUCCGGAACCUCCCCGGUACCGCAAUCAGCUGGUAAUUUAA